ACGAAGUUAAGUCUGAUAAAGAUGGUGAUGUAUUAAAUAGUAAAAAUAAAACAGAACAAGGAACCAUUUCUCAACAUAUUGGCGAUGAAGAAUAUCUUUUAAGUAAUAAUGAUUAUUUAGAUAAUAUGAUAGCAAACGAUCUUUCUGCACCUGACAAUAUAAUAAAUAAUGAGAUAUUGCCUAGUAAUUAUAUACUAUUACCAAUAUAUAAAGUUGUUAAAUUAAAAAGCAAAAUCUGGAAUUAUUUUGAACCAUUUCAAAAUAAAAAUAAUCUUACAAAUACAGUUGGUUGCUGUACUAUUGAAAUAAUAUAUAACAAUAGACGAGUGAAAUGUAAUAAAAUUAUUGUUACAGGAGAAGGAUCUACUAGAAAUUUUUGGAAUUAUUUGGGUGCUAUUCAUGGAAUUACAAAAGAUAGCAAUACAAAAUUUUCUAAUUCAGAUCAAGAAAGUAUUAAGUAUACCUUUCAAAAAGCAAAUAAUCAAA